GCAGCAUUUGGUCAAUGACCGCAGCCGCCGAGAGAACAACAGAAUGAAGAGUGUCUCCUUGACCAUCGCAUUGCUGCUCGGCGCUCUGACGUGUCUAACCCGUUCGAGCCCCACGAGCUACAACGAGAAUCGAACGACGGAUGCCUUGAUCCCGUGCGAUGGAGCUUGGACAACGAAAAAUACGACGACGAACUUCGUAGCCAAGUUCACUUGGAUAUUCAACGGCAAGCCCAUAAGCGAGAUGAGCGACAAGUACAGAACGACCGGAUUCGGCGAUCUGCUGAUCAACGAUUUCACUUACAGAGAUUACGGGGUAUACGUGUGCCAAGUCGACGACGAGGCGGCGGAGAUCCAGUCGACGGACAGCGUCAUCAAGUACGUCGAUCAUACUUAUGCGAUCUCGGACGCCCAGUGCGCGCUGAGAUCUUGCGUAGCAGCCGAAAAGUGUCGUCACGCCGGACUGCCGACUUCUUGUCCCGACCGAGGCGAGGUCUGCUGCAGCGUCGUGCUGGAGAAGGACAAACACCUGUGUCGUCACUUCUUGGGCGAGUGCAUGGAGUACUGCAAUCGGCAGAUUCAGAUAACGAGAGCCGAGGACUGCAAGGGCGACGAGAGAUGCUGCCCGCUUCUGGUCGCCUGAGACGAAUGAUCGUCGC